ACGGGGGGACAUGGGGACACCGGGACAACGAGGUGGGGACCGGGGGGACAGGGGGACACGGGGACACCGGGACAACGAGGUGGGGACCGGGGGGACAUCCGGGGCUCCUGGCACGGGGAACCCCGGGAGGAGCCCCCAAGGCCCGGAGACCCCCCCGCUCCCCUCCCACGCGGCCGUGUCCCCAAGCCCCGGGGACACCCCGGACAGGGCGACACCCCCGGGCUGUCCCCAAGCCCCGGCGUGUCCCCGCUUUCCCCUCGCUGUCCCCGCUCUGUCCCCUGCGCUGGCCGUGCCCCCGAGCGCGGUGUCCCCGGUGUCCCCUGACCCCCGGUGUCCCCCGUCCCCCCCCCAGGCGUUCGAGGAGUGUCACCUGGUGUCCCUGGAGCCCCUGGAGCAGUUCCGGGCCUGGCUGCAGGAGGCGCUGCAGUGCCCGGACAUCGCCGAGCCCAACGCCAUGUGCCUGGCCACCUGCUCCAGGGACGGGCGGCCCUCGGCGCGCAUGGUGCUGCUGAAGGGGCUGGGGCCGGACGGGCUGCGCUUCUUCAGCAACUACGAGAGCAGGAAGGGCCGGGAGCUGGACUCCAACCCCUUCGCCUCCGUCGUCUUCUACUGGGAGCCGCUCUGCCGGCAGGUGCGGAUCGAGGGCUCCGUGCGCCGCCUGCCCGCCGAGGAAUCCGAGCGCUAUUUCCAGUCGCGGCCCCGGGGCAGCCAGAUCGGGGCCCUGGUGAGCAGGCAGAGCUCCGUCAUCCCCGACCGCGAGUUCCUGCGCAGGAAGAACGCGGAGCUGGAGGAGCUGUACCGGGACAGGGCCGUGCCCAGGCCGGACUACUGGGGCGCGUACCUGCUGGAGCCGGAGGCGGUGGAGUUCUGGCAGGGCCAAUCGAACCGGCUGCACGACCGGAUCGCGUUCCGCCGCCAGCGGGACCGCGCGGCGCCGCUCGGGGCCAUGACCCACCGCGGCCACGGCGACUGGGUCUACGAGCGCCUGUCGCCCUGAGCCCGGGGUGUCCCCGGGGUGUCCCCGGAGUGUCCCCAGGGUGGCCCCGGGGUGGCCCCGGGGUGGCCCCGGGGUGGCCCCGGGGUGUCCCCAAGUGUCGCAGCCGCCCCGCCCUGUCCUUGCUGUGCGCUGGGAGCGGCUCCAGAGCCGCUCUCGCCCCGCUGCGUCCCCAAAUCUGCCUGCAGCCGCUCCCGGUGGUUAAUUAAUCGUGUUAAUGAUCGUGCAGCGUCCGGCUGUGACCCCCGCUGUCCCUGUCCCCCGUCCCUGUCCUCGCUGUGUGCUGGGGAGCGGCUCUGGAGCCGCCCUCGCCCUGCUGCGUCCCCAAAUCCUUCUCCAAUUACUCCCGGUGGUUAAUUAAUCGUGUUAAUGAUCGUGCAGGGUCCGGCUGUGACCCCAGUGACCCCCCUGUCGCUGUCCUUGUCCCGGCACUGCCACUCUCUCUCCAUGCUUUAGCUAUUAUUCCCAGCUCGUUACGGCAGCUGUUUAAUUAACUUAAACCGUGUCGUGGCCCGUGCCAGGGCCGUGGGACCCCAGCCCUCAGCCCGCCCCCCCUCCGGCAGCUGGGAAGGAAUAAACCCUGAAAAGAAUAAACCCUCUGAAAAGAAUAAACC